AUGUCAAGUACCGUACCACGCACGCCAUCUAGCGACCUUAAAAUGAAUUCAUUUAGUCACCACCAUUUGUUUACUUCGCCACAGCUGCUGAAGGAAGAGUGCGCGCCGGCCUUAUGGUGCACGGGGAAGCCAAGGCCCCUGCAGGUCCCAUGGGAGGGGCAAGCAAUGCUAGCACAGGGAGUGGCAGCCAGGGGAUGAAGCACUCCCUAAAGGCUGCCCUCACCACCUUGCCCACCCUCCCUGUGGCUGACCCGCUGCACCUCAGCUGUCUCAACACACGGUCUGGAGCGUCCACCGGGGUGUGGCUGGUGGUGCUGGUGCCGCUGGCAUGCCUCCCCGGCCUCUACAACACAUAUAGGCACUGCCACCCCUUACCCCACCUCCAGGCAUUGCUGGCCAUUCAGGUGGGUGUGUGUGGAGCCCACCUGUACCAGGAGAUGUGCCUGGCCAAUGGGCAAAAGAUGGCUAAGAAGGAGGAAGGUCAGCAGAAACCUCCACUACUCAGAUUCCUCACUCAUCCAUACACUCCAUCCCUGGCUACCUCCAUCGCCAUCUCUCUCCUCACUGACAUACAUCCCGUGCUGGCCCUGCCCCUGACCCUCUUGUGCUCGUGGCUGCUCUUCAGGGUCACCCACUGGCUGUUCACAACCUUCCCUGGCAGCUUCAGUCUAGGCGAGGGGGCCAUCAUGGGACAGAGUGUGGCCCUGGCAGUCACCUGUUCCCUUCAUGGCAUCAUCUCCAGGAUACUUUGGCCACAAAAGCUCUCUCAUGCACACGAGAUCAGCCUUUUCAUCCAGACAGCCAUCGUGGUGAUGUCAGUGAUGGUGGGCACCAUCUACAGCGUGCCGAUGCUGCGAGUGCCACGCAUGUUCCUGCCAUACCUGUGUGUCUGUGGAGUGGUGGGAGUGGGCCUGGCCUCCUUGCUGCUGGGGGAGUGGGUACCUUUGUGGCUGUGGGAGCUGCUUAAUUUCUCACCUGCCAGACUCUUCCUCCUGGGUUGGUGGUUCCUGCUCACCCUCUUUGCAGUUUCCAUCACCACCUGGGCCAGAAGAAAGAACCACCUGCCCACCACAGUCCUGCGCAAGGUAUACCAUGUGGUGAUUACUCUUGUGUUCAUUCCUGGGGUGUUGCUGGAGCCAUCCUUCCUUCUGCUGGCCGCCACCGCUGCCACGAUGGCCUGUCUGCUGCUGGAGGUGGUGAGAGUCGAGAAGAUCCCACCCUUCGCCGAAGUGAUAAGCCAAGCCUUCACCCCAUUCUUGGAUGAGAAGGAUGAAGGGCUAUUGGUGUUAAGUCACAUUUACCUGCUAGCAGGUGUGUCAUCCCCCCUUUGGCUCACACCAUGCCCUCUCGGAGAGGCUAAGGUAGGUGAAGCGUGGCAGGCCAAUGCAGUGCUGCCCCUGCUGGCAGGGGUGCUGGCUGUUGGAAUUGGGGACACGGCUGCCUCCGUGGGGGGGACGUAUUUGGGGCAGAGGCGGUGGUCAGGUACUAAGAAGACAGUGGAGGGCAGCUUGUGUGGGAUGGUAGCACAGCUGGUGGUGGUGGGAGUCUUGGUGGGGGCAGGUCUGGUGCACCUGUCCCUGGGUGGCUGGGGUCGCUUGCUGGUGUCUGCUGCCUUGGUGGCCGUGGUGGAGGCUCUCACUGAUCAGGUGGAUAACAUUGUCUUGCCCCUCAUGCUGUACACUCCUCUUAUGGACCUUUAAGUUCUAGUUACUAGCACUUUUAGUUUCAGAUACUUAAAUCUGUUUGGCCGUCUAACCUGGAGCUAUUUUGAUGCUUCAGUGUUUCUCCUUAGUUAUGAAUUAUAAAGUUCCUGCUUAUAAUCUUGGUUCUUUUGUUACUUUUCUUCCAUUCCAAGUAUAUUAAUUGACAAAGUCUUUCACCUUAAUUUAGCAAAUCAAUGUUCUUUCAACUGGCUGUAAGUCUUUCAUUUUUACUUAGUAAUUGUCAUGUGAUUCUUAGCAAGCAGCAGAGAUGUGUGGCUACCUUACAAAUGUUACAUGAAAGCAUGUAGAUAAUAAAUGAGCUUCAUUAUGGCAGAUUCAUUUAAAAUUUACACUUAAAAAUUUCUAUGGAAUUUGUGAAAGUGAAAGCAAUGAACAUACAUGUAUGUAUAUAUGCACAUUUAUCAUUUUGAAUUACUCAAGUUAUAAUACCUUCCUUAGUACAAAGUUCCAAAAUAACCAGUAGAAAGUGUAAUACUAAUUGGUUGUACUGUACAAAGCAAGGUUUUAUACUGCUGGUAGUAACAAUAAUUCCACUGCCACUCUAUAUUCCUCAGGUUUUGACUUUGUAAAAUGUAGGCAUGUUACUGGCAUAAGGUUGCUUAACUCUACAUGAAGUUAUUGUCUAGAGAAGAUUGCAUCUUACAAGAUAACAGUAGAAGAUUCAACCAGAAAGCUUACCAGAGGUGUGUGUCAUCAUUUUAGCCAUCAGUGGCCACCAAGUAUUUCCAGCUGAUUUCUAGUCCCUAUACUAUAAGUUGUGUCACAUCUUUACCAAAGGUUGGUGAACAAAGAAUUUCAUGGAACUUCCCACUACACUAGAAUCCCAGAUUGUUUUGCCACAAUUUAUUACAUUUAACCUGCAACUGGCUACGGUACCUUGCAUGCAAUACAACUAUUGGAGAGAGAGAGAGAGAGAGAGAGAGAGAGAGAGAGAGAGAGAGAGAGAGAGAGAGAGAGAGAGAGAGAGAGAGAGAGAGAGAGAGAGAGAGAGAACGGUCAUUCAUCUCAGUUGACAAAAAACAUACCUCCUUCAACAUCAUGUCCCUGUACUGCGUUAUGUUACAAGAUUUCAUACAAAUUAGGCACAGUGCAGGCUUGUAUCUUCCCUUAACCAGUAUACUAGUUAUACUCUUUCCCCUUGUACUUUUGUGAUAUAUAAAUAUUCAGUCAUAUUAUGAUGGAUAGACAAUGACAGUGGUGCAGAAAUAGGAAAUGAUGGUAUAAAAUACUUUGUGCCUGAGUUGCUUAAACUUUGGCUUGUCACAAAAUGAUAAUCAUUUAGUGUUUCCCUUUUAUACUAAAGAGACACAGCUAGUAAGGUGAUCAUAGCUUAUGUUAUUCAGUACAUGUAAUGUACUGAUUAACAUAUGACAUUAUCAGCCAGUUGCAUGUUAAGAGUUCCUGGAAUGUGAUGGUCUCUUGCAUCUGUUCCUUUGUUACUUUUAAAGUAGAUGGAGCAUCAAGUGAGAUUCCAUUGUGCUAAACUUAGGCAGUUAAUGGAUACCCCUGCAUUGGGUGGUCUGCUGUGAUGUUCACACAUUCCAUUUCCUUUAUAUAUAUAUAUAUAUAUAUAUAUAUAUAUAUAUAUAUAUAUAUAUAUAUAUAUAUAUAUAUAUAUAUAUAUAUAUAUAUAUAUAUAUAUACCUUCCCAACCAUUGCACUAUGCUGUGGAAGGUUUGUUGUUAUAUAACUUGUUUUUAUUCAUGUUCAGGCUUUGAGAUAUUUCAUAUGCUCAUAUUUUUAUCAUUAACCAUCAACAGUUCAGAUGAGAACAUUCAAACUUAAAGCUAUUGAGUACAGUGAGCUGCUGGUCAAGUGUUCUUUGUGAACACAUUUAACUUUUUAUAGUAAUUUUAUAGUAAAUUCUUACACAAAAUUUCUUAGUUCUUAAAACUCUGAUCUUGACUGAUUCUUGUUAACUUGCCCAUAAAUUAAGGAUUAAAAAUUUUACAAAUUAGAAUCUAAUAUGGAAGUGGAAUAUUCAUAAAUUGCAAUACCUUUAUAAUUCCCUGUUCUUGUGUAAAGUUAGUAACUGCAGUUGCUUUACAAGUUUUAACCUUUAUCCUACAGCAGGUAAUGUCCAUUUCAUUUUUCAUUGGAGCUGUCAUUGUGAAUCCAUCUUUAAUGUAAUGUUUAAACAUUUCCUCUGCUUUUCUUCCUCCCUCCUAGUUUAUCCUUAUUGCUGUCUAUUCCUAUCCUCAUUGUCAAACCCUCUGAUUAAAACCUACAAAGCACUGCCCUCCAUUGCCAUUCUUCUUGUCCCCAUUCCACUUUUUAUACCCUCUGCAUUCCUCCCCAUCCAUCCCAACAUUCAGCAACAAAAAUUAUGUAUGGCAAUUUACCCAAUGACAGCUCCAAUAAUGAUUGUCAGACAUUGCCUAGAAUGGAAUAAUCUGUAAGACGUAGUCAGCAGGUGACUGUACAUAAACAUUACCAUUCUCUACCAUUAUAUAUUCUUAACUCAGUGUUCAUCAGAGUAUAGCCCCUGUACUGUCACACCUACCUAUUGGAAGGAGGACUCACCAUCACACUAGUGUUGGGAAACAGUAUGUUUGGGCUCAAGUGUGUAAUCUACUGGUACUGGUAGGUAGGCAGAAAUGUAAAUUUUGUUAUUUUUAUUAAUAAAAUUGUGUAUAAAUCUAA